UGGUUUUGGCGGGAGUGUUGCGAUCUAUUUUUAAGAUUGUUUACACGCAUAUACCUUUUUAACUUAUUUUGAAAUGAAAAUUGUGACAAUGUAUACACAACGAAAGAGAUACAUAUUACAUAUUUAAUACAAUUCAUGAUCAAGUUAUCCAAUGUCUUGUGACAGCGAAAUAACGAAUGAAGAAUUUGCUCAGUAUGAUCGACAAAUUCGACUUUGGGGGCUCGAUGCGCAGAAACGACUCAGACAAAGCAAAAUACUGGUUGCCGGGGUAGGAGGCUUUGGUUCUGAAGUUGUUAAGAAUAUUGUGUUGUCUGGUGUGUUUUCUGUUACUUUAUUAGAUGAGCGCAAAGUUUGUGAGGAAGAUUUUUGUUCCCAACUGUUGAUAACCACUAACCAUGUUGGUAUGAAUAUAGCAGAAGCUUCCAAAGUUCGCACCCAAGAGCUAAAUCCAAAUGUUGAAGUUUAUGUUGACACUGAGAGUUUAGACUCGAAAACAGCAGAUUACUUUGCAAAGUUUGACAUUGUGUGUGUCACAAGAUGCACUUUACAACAGCGGCUUGAUAUUAACAACAUGUGCCGAAAAAAGAACGUGAAGUUUUUCAGUGGGGAUGUAUUUGGCUUUUAUGGAUAUUGCUUUCUCGAUCUCGGUGAGCAUGAGUAUGUUGAAGAAGUCACUGUAAAUAAACAAGUUGCCAUUUCUGUUGAAGAUGGAUCUGCUGAAGAGAAAACAAAAAGUUCAGAAACUGUUUCAAUAAAAAAAACAGCAACCUUUUGUAGUUAUGAAACAGCAUUAAAGGAAGAUUGGAAAUUGAGAAAUCGGCGUUCAUUGCGUCAGUCAUCGUCUGUUUUUUAUAUUUUGCAAAUCUUAGAUGAAUUUCAAUCCAGGCACCAGCGACUUCCUAUUCAAAACUCCAUGGAUAGCUUAACUCUUUCAUUAAUUCGUAAAGAAAUUUUGACCAAAGCUGGAAUGAAAGAAAAUUUUGUUUCGGAUGAUUUCCAGGACUUCUGCUGCUCAGUGUUGAGCCCAGUUGCUGCAGUAGUUGGUGGGGUAAUGGCACAAGAAGUUAUCAAAGCUUGCUCCAAAAAGAACAAACCACAUCAAAAUUUCUUUUUCUUCAAUGGUUUAAAUCACACAGGGAUUGUUGACAACAUAUGUCCCAAAUAAAGGUUGAUCUUUCGUUGAGUUGUUUAAAAUAAGGUUAUGCAACUAUCUUACCUAUGGUUACACAUACGUGAUCUGAAAUUGGCAAAUCCAUCUAGAUUUAAUAUUCAAUUGGAAAUAGUUUGACCUUUUAAAAAAACUCAAUGAAUUCUAAUAUAUGUACAUUUAUAUUUUAUUAUUAAAUUGCAAUCCUUUUGUCAAAGGUAAGUGCACAAAUAUGACAAAAUGAAUAACAACAAGAAAUUACUUUUCACACAAAACAGGAAGAUCAACAUAAUGUUUACAUUGAUUGUCGUAUUUGGUGUCAGGGAAAUAUAUAUAGUAUGAAAGAUUUAACAACAGUGGAUUGCUAAAAAGUGUCUUGCUGUUGAUCUGUAACAUACCAACAAUAUAUCACAUAGUUAAAUUAAAUUAAUCCAUUGUAAAAUUAUGGCAAUGUACGUGUUUAUAUAUGAGAAAGAAAAUAAAAACAUAUCUGCACAACACCCAAAUAAAGAGAAAAAUAGUGACUGCA